UGUCUCGAACCCUUUGUGUCUGAACCCAGAAACGUGAAGAAGGAAAUUCCCAAAUCAAUUGGCCAAGCUCCAUCCCUAAUCCCCCAAAUGACUAUGAAAUUUAUCCAAGCUCCAUCGGAACCCUAAGCCCCAAAUCAAGAAAAUCAAUUACCCAAGUUCCCUCGUCGACCACUCGGAGAGGCCAACCCAAGCGUCAAGAAGCGGCACCCAUUUCAUUUCUGUACUUCGAGCAAGGACUGGUUGGCUUGCACAUGAACGGACUCGUUUAUCCAAUAAAACUUUAUCACUAUUUUGGUUCUAAUAACAACUAAGUUGCUGUUGAUUUGAUUUGUCAUGUUUGCUUGGACUAUUGGAAUUCACUGGUUUUAGAGCUGUUUGAAGCACAUCAUAAUCAGGACAAUCCUGCAGCAGCCACAAACAUGAUGAGAUUGCAGGUGCAAUAGAUUAUUUUAGUCCCUUCUCAUCUUUUUCUCUUGUUUUAGAUCUUUGAAUAUGAUCAAUCCAUCUUUGUUUCCUGAGUGAGGUUGAAAGUCAUAAUCCUGUUUUCCUGUUGGUUAUAUGAUACAUAUAGUUUCCAGUUUUAAAUUUGAAGACUUUGAAGGACUAGUUCUCCCAGGUAAAUUGUUUAAAUAGUGUUUUCUUGUUGUGCGUGUCCUUGGAUGACUGCCCAAUGAAAAGAAAAUGAAAUAAGUGAUAAAUUUAAGUAGGUUUCUCAGAAUGGAUCUGAAUAUUGAGAAGUGUAGAGAUUCAAUUGCUAUUAUGUGAUGGUUCUCAUGAAGAUACCAUGGUAUGAGGAGCGUAAACUAUACCUAAGAAAGAAGGCUGUGUAUAUCAUUGCUAGUAAUAAAGCGCCAAUCAUGCAGUGUAAUUCUCAUAAAUUUUCUCUUCUCCUAAAGCUAUUGCUAGUGAAUUUGGUCAGCUAACGAUUAUGGCUCCUUAGAAAUUGUCUGGCACUUUUGAAGAAUUGCACAGCAAAUCUCUGGAUAGUGAUCAAAGAGGCGACAACUUUAUGUUUUUCCAAUGUCGAAGUUGAGAUUGCUUACAAUAUGUUGCAUGGAGAAGCCAGGAGAAGUUAUGAUUGUUGAAGAUGAAAAGGGAAAUACAGUUCGUGAAACUACAAUGAUAUCCUCCUGCAAUACAAGGUUCUCAUUCUUAUUGAAAAGAAGAUUGAUUGGAAAAGCUAAAAAAGUUCCUUCAGAACCUAUUUGGCUUCAAACAUUACUCAGUGAGCUCCAAGUUGCCUGAGCUUUGGACACCAUACGAGCUGAGAAAAUGGACUCUCAAAUUUGGGACUACCGUAGCAGAAAUGCAAAUGAGAAGUUCGACAGAAGGUCCAUGGAUCCAAUGACUUCAACAAUAUCAUACAAAUCUGCUGUUGAUACAACCUAUCAUUGGCAUCAUAGACCAGUUAAUCUGCUAAUUUUCGACAGUGGUGAAAGAGAAAUAACUCGAUAUCUAGAAGCUGUCGACAGAAUCCAGCAGUCCCCCACGAACGGAACAGAAUCUGGUGACCUGAACUCCAUAGCCAUGGCUCGGCUCAAGCACGAGUUUCUGAAAGUACUCAUAGCACAAUCAAAUCCGUUUGGCACUGUUGAUUCAACUACCUCUGAUUGGAGUUCAUUAGCCAGUACUGGACACGAUGAUUAUUUAACGGUAGACAAUUUACCGAGUGACGAGGCGAUUUUUUAUCUCAGGCAAGUUGCGGAAAGAUUAAAUUCUGGAGGACACCUUGGAGAUUGCAUCGAACUUUACAAGAGAGUGAGGAAAUACUUUUUCCACACUAUGAUAAUACGGCUUCGCUUGAAAGAAUUGUAUAUAGGUGGGGUUGCAAAAAGUGCCUUCAAGAAAAAGAGGUUUCUAUGGCAAGAGUUGAAGGUGAAAAUUGAAAUGUGGAUUCGAGUGGCUAGGGUGUGUUUUUGUUUCUUCUUUGACUUGGAGAAACAAAUUAGUGAGAAAUUAUUCUCUGGUUUUGGAAAUGGGGCUAGUGAAGAAUGUUUUUGGGAAAUAGUUGGAGAUUCUGCAAAUAAUUUACUUGUUUUUGCAGAAACAGUGAGUUCCAUUAACCAGUCCCCAGAGAGGAUGGGAACAAUUUUAGUCCUAUAUGAUACACUGUUGUUUCUUUUACAAUACAUUGAUACCCUGUUCGACUUCGACGCAGCAGAGGCUAUUCAAAACGGCGUGAAGGUGACAGUGUCUCAACUCGAGAAUAAUAUAAGAAAAAUGUUAUUGGAUUUUGAGAAAGCUGUUUUUCGUGAGCUUUCAACGAUACAAGAUGAUAGGGGUGCCAUUCAUCCAUUGACGAAACGUGUGAUGAAUUAUAUCUCUCUCAUUGUAAGCAAUAAGAAGCUCCUCACCGACUUGAUCAUAUCAAUGCCACCAAUGAAAUUUGAGGAUCAACUGAUUCCCGAAGGAGAAUUGGGGGAUCUUAAAGGCAGAAGUCAUUUGGCUCUUCAUUUGAUUUUGAUCAUUGUGGUUUUACAACUGAAUUUGAAGGGGAAAUCAGAGCAGCUCAAACAUGUUCCUUUAAGGCAUUUGUUCAUGAUGAACAAUGUUCAUUACAUUGUAGAAAAAAUUGAAGAAUCCAAGGAGCUGCGAGAGAUUAUUGGCAAUGAUUAUAUGGAGAAACUGAAUACGAAUGUUAUGCAAGCAAUGACUAGCUAUCAGGUUUCAACUUGUGACAAGUUCUUGUCUUGUUGUCGAGAAGAGGGACUUUAUGUUACUUGGUGCUUUUCUACUCAGGUUUCAAAACGUGCAUUGAGAAAAAGAUUGAAGGCCAUUAAUUCCAUGAUUGAAGAGAUUCAGACACUUCACACAAAAUGGAUAGUAUACGAUUCAGAGAUCCUGAAUAAACUUCGUGCGUCCAUGGUUGACAAGUUGAUUCCAGCAUGCAAGAAAUUUCAUGCUGAAGUUCAGAAGCACAGGGAAACACACAAGAAAUACUUUCAGAAAAUAAAUAUAAAGCACUCAGUCGAGUAUCUGGAGGCCUUGGUCUCAAAGAAUCUGUUUUCAAAUUAUGAAAUUAUUGUUUAAGAGAAGGUAUUGGCAAGCUUCGAGUCCUAGAAUUCCUCUAUUGUUGAGUGUAGGUGUAGCAACCUUCUUACGGAGCAGAAUGAUAGUCUAGACUUCCUAGACUUGAAUUUCAAAUAGAUCAUAUAUAUGAAUAAUCAGAUAGUUGUUAAACACUUAUAAAUAUUACAUAAAUUAUCUAUUAUGUCAUUAUAUUUGUCACCUAUUUUUUGGCAAGGUAGCAUAUUCAUUUAC